AAACUGUCGUCGGUCUGGGCUGCCCGAUAUCAACAGCUACCACAGGAGCAAACAUACAUAUAGAUAUAUAUUUACGUAUCACUUUAUUUGAAUACCAACACAGUAAAUACCGCAACGUCAGAUCGCUCUGGUAUCAACAUAGGAGGCUACGUGUCGCCUUGACCAUUAGCGCUACUAACUAGUCGUCCAGACUGACUGCUGUUCAGAACAUUUGAAGAGAUACUUUGUUGAUUGUUGCAGUGAAAUAAAGUGUUUUGGACUGAAACUGUCAACAGUGUGCCAUCCGUAGAAGAGAGAAAGAGCGGUGACCUAGCUUGUUCAGCGUUGCGCAGCCUCCCUUCUUCUCUGGCGGAUGUCUUAGAUCAUGAGUGUCCUGGGACCUCCGAUGAGGCAGGCCAAUGGGGUGGCCAGAUCUGACAGCAAGAUUAGCGCCAAGGCUCUAUAUGAGCAACGGAAGAAAUACUCCAACUCCAAUGUCAUCAUGCACGAGACGUCUCAGUACCACGUGGAGCACCUGUCCACCUUCAUGAUGGACAAGACAGAGUCCAUUGCUACAGUGGAUGAUGCCAUUAAGAAGCUGGUGCUGCUGGACUCUAAAGAGAAGAUCUGGACCCAGGAGAUGCUGCUGCAGGUCAGCGACAAGGCUGUACGUCUCCUGGAUGUUGAUACACAGGAAGAGUUGGAAAACUUCCCUCUGCCUACGAUCCACCACUGCCAGACAGUGUUGAAUCAGACCAGGUAUCCAUCUGUCCUACUGCUGGUGUGUCAAGACACUGAACAGCACAGACCUGACAUACACUUCUUCCAGUGUGACGAGGUGGAGUCAGAGAUGGUCCAUGCAGACAUCGACAGUGCCCUGGGGGACAGCAAACAUGGGAAGAAGAUGCGACCACAGACCUUGAAGGUCAACCAGGAGAAGAUGAAGCACCACAGAGAGUCCAUCAUCCCCCCCUCCUCGGCCCCCAAGGGCUCGGCCCCCGCAGUCAAGGGCCGUGUGGCUGCCAUGAACAUGCAGGAUGUGGAGAGGCGAGGUUCGGCCCAGCAGGACCCAGAGUCCCAUGAGAAGCUGGCCCAGCGCAUUGAGAAGGACGUGCAAAUCCUGAACUGUUCCCUGGAUGACAUAGAGUUCUUUGUGUCUCGGCUGCAGAAGGCUGCGGAGGCCUUCUCUCAGCUCAACCAGCGCAACAAGAGUAAGAAGAUGAAGAAGAAAGGCCCAGCAGAGGGAAUGCUGACCCUGAGAGCUAAGCCCCCUACUGAGACAGAGUUCAUUGAUAGCCUACAGAAACUUAAGCUGGCGUUCAACCUACUGGCCAAACUGAAGAAGCACAUCCAGAACCCCAGCGCCUCUGAACUGGUACACUUCCUCUUCGGCCCCCUCGACCUGGUGCUCCAGUCCUGUGGUAGUGUAGAGCUGCCCCGCUCCGUCGUCUCUCCUCACUUAUCCAGAGAUGCAGUAGACUUCCUAAGAGGUCAUCUGUCGCCUAAAGAGAUGACCAUCUUUGAACUGCUGGGAGAUGGGUGGACAAGACCUAGAGCGGACUGGCCACGGGACCAGUGUGCCUCUACUUACUUCCCUAAGUUCAGGAACGGAUGGGAGCCCCCAGCUGAGCUGUUCAGGACCUCCCCAUGGGAGACAGAGGGAUCAGGGGACCCUCCCAUGUCCUUCAUGUCCCACCCCAUGUCCCCACACAAGUCAGAAGAGUUUUUUGGAACCCAGUCUUCAAGCUCAUCAAAUGGGUCCUACAAUGGUCUGGCGUCCUCGUCCCGUAAAUAUGCUAAGAUCUGCUACAACUUUGUGGCCCGCAACGCCAACGAACUGUCAGUACUGCAGGACGAGGUGGUAGAGGUGAUAGAGGAUGAUAAACAGUGGUGGAAACUGAGGAACAGGAGUGGCCAGUCAGGAUACGUCCCCUCCAACGUAGUGGAAGUGGUCACACUAGAGGAACCACAUGGCAUGGGUGAACCCCUCUAUAGCCAGGCUGGCCAGCCCUACAGCCCUACCUCUCCCUCCAGCUCUCUAGGUAGAGGGGAGAGCUUUGACAUGAGCCGCUCCAAAGACUCUCGGACACACCAGAUGGAUGAGGUGAAUGAUGAGUUGUUGAAGAGGAUCACUAGUAAUAAGUCCCAGCCUCCAGCCCGUAACUUCAGGGUGGAACGCCCCUCAAGCAGCAGCUCCACGCUCCUCACUUUCAAUUCCAGCCCACCACAGGUCACCGCCUGGCUCAACGCCAAGGGAUUCUCUAAACCGACGGUGGAUUGUCUGGGGAUCCUGACGGGUGCUCAGCUCUUCUCUCUGAACAAGGAGGAACUGAAGGCAGUGUGUGGAGACGAGGGAGCCAGGGUCUACAGCCAGACCACCGUGCAGAAAGCCCAGCUAGAGAAGAGCAGUGGGGAUUCAGAGCUCCAAGAGAUCAUGAGACGACGACAAGAGAAGAUCGAUGCCGGCAAGGACUGAUCUGGGCAUGCUCACUGACUUUCAACCAAUCACAGGCCAGCCUGGCUGACUGUCAACCAAUCACAGCCCAGCAUGGCUGGUUACCAUAACAACCCUCUCCAGUACUAACCAACCAUAAGCCUUCCCCUCCCGAAGCGCCUACCCUUUCACAAACCAACAGUUUUUUUUUGUCUGACAAUUGACAUUUAAUAUUGGCAUGUACUAUAAAUGUUGUUAUAUACAUUUUUUUUUAAUUGUAUAUUUAUUUUUAUUGUUUGUGAAUGUGUAUGUUUACUUCUUUCUUCAAUGAUGUUCUCUGGUAAUUAUGACUGUUGCCCUGUCUGACACUAACCACGUUUCCAUCCAACCAUUUCAUGCGGAUGAAUUACCUGACGCAUGAAAGAAGUUACGACUGGGCUAGAUGGAAACAUUAAAUACUGGUACAAUUGUAGAAAUGCCGACAGACAAUUUGUUUGUUCGACACGGUGGGAUCUAUUUUGUGUCGGAAAAAUUAAUAAUGCAAGAAAUGGUAGUGGAAAUGCCUUUAUGCUUAAAUAUUGAUAUAAUAACCAUCAUAUUGAAGUCAACUUGGAGUCAGGCGAUGACAUGUUGUGUGGUCCUCCCACUACGACUCAGGAAACCAUGCAGUUUAUUAGGCUUCAGAUUAAAUAAAUUAUGAGCUUCACAGGGUGGUGAAUGUGCACGGUGAUGAGCUUGAUGCGCCUUUCCAAUACAUAUCGAGGGUCUUAUUCCAGUGACAGGUUGAUAGAUACUUGGUUGCCGUUUAACAAAAUGAAAAGAUAAUAUAUAAUAAUCUCAUAAUGUAGGUAUCCUACUCGUACUGCAUUUGCAAGCUGUUGGCUAGAGACCAGAGUGGGCACAUUCGCUAUAUAACACAUCGGUUCUUUUUGUGACAAAACCAUCAAGAGUUGAAAAUGCGAUGGAAACCCAUUUAACUUCUAUUGGGAAUUUAACAGCAAAAGUACUUUUUAUGUGCACUACGCCACAGUCUUUUAUCCGCAAAAAUUAAGUUUGAUGGAAACACAUCUCUGGUGGGGAAAAUACUAAUAUUGUUUUAUGCAGAUGUUAGAAUAUUUACAUGAAAAUCUGUCGCUAAUUGGAUGAAAAACCUGGCUACUCUCUCUUAACUUUGUAUCGUGGUGAGGGACCAUAUUAAAACCUGGCUACUCUCUCGUAACUUUGUAUCGUGGUGAGGGACCAUAUUAAAACCUGGCUACUCUCUCUUAACUUUGUAUCGUGGUGAGGGACCAUAUUAAAACCUGGCUACUCUCUCUUAACUUUGUAUCGUGGUGAGGGACCAUAUUAAAACCUGGCUACUCUCUCGUAACUUUGUAUCGUGGUGAGGGACCAUAUUAAAACCUGGCUACUCUCUCUUAACUUUGUAUCGUGGUGAGGGACCAUAUUAAAACCUGGCUACUCUCUCUUAACUUUGUAUCGUGGUGAGGGACCAUAUUAAAACCUGGCUACUCUCUCUUAACUUUGUAUCGUGGUGAGGGAACAUAUUAAAACCUGGCUACUCUCUCUUAACUUUGUAUCGUGGUGAGGGACCAUAUUAAUUUUGAGUGAGUAUGUGUUUUAUGGCUUGUAUUUCUCCCAUGUUUUAUCUCGAGGGAUUUAUGGAAGACUUUUUUUUUUGUAAAAUCAAAUGCAUAAAGGUCCUCAAUGUAUAUUGUCAAAUCAGAUGUUAAUGUAACGGAUUAUUCUAACCCACAGUAGUAGUACAAUGUUAUACCUUAUGAUACGUAGCGCUGUAUGUACGCUUUGACCAUUCAUUUAUUCUCAUAUCCAGUCACACUUAAUUGCAGCUGUUCAACUAAAUACACUUCUGUAAUUCAGCUUACAUAUUCUAUAUUACUAAAUACACUUCUGUAAUUCAUCUUAAAUAUUCUAUAUUACUAAAUACACUUCUGUAAUUCAGUUUACAUAUUCUAUAUUACUGAAUACACUUCUGUAAUUCAGCUUACAUAUUGUAUAUUACUAAAUACACUUCUGUAAUUCAGCUUACAUAUUCUAUAUUACUAAAUACACUUCUGUAAUUCAGCUUACAUAUUCUAUAUUACUAAAUACACUUCUGUAAUUCAGCUUACAUAUUCACGGUCUAUAUGAAGUAUGCUUUACAUGUACAAUAUUAAUCCAAUCAUAUUUCUGUUCUGUGUACAUGUUUGUUCCUCCGAUAAUAAACCCAAGGUCGAAAUUCAAACUGA